CCAGUCAUCUCUGCACCCGCAGUAGAGUCACUCCAGUCACGAGUUGGCUACCUAAUACCUGGUCAUCCAGUCAUCUUUCUCAUUCCCGCAGUCUGCUCACCGUACCCAAUGUCCGAACACUUGUACCUAGUUUGGUAGAAAGCCACGUAGGUUGCCUGCAUAACUCCUAGACACGGUCUCAUGUCACCGGGGCACAGUGAAGGUACCUUUUCUUACCCCUCCAUCCAUGCUUCUCAUCUUCUUGUCAACCUUGACUGUCACGGCUUCAUUCUUUUUCUGAUUACAUCGCAUUCUCGUUGCCCAAAAUCCACCAUCAUACAGCAUCGCAAUCCAUCAGGCGAUUCUCGCGAGCGGCUUCUCUCCAAUCAUCUCCUCUUCGACUCUCUUGGCAGGAUAGCCGCGUGGCUGAGGCAGCCGACAGUGUUUAGAACCGCGCUGGGUGGCAUCUGACUCCCUGAGACCUUGCUGCCUGGACAAGGCUACGCACCCCCAGCAAUCUUCAUCUUUGGGUAUCGAGACUGCGAACUGGCGGACUUGUUGCCUUGCGAUUCUCCAACUCUUUCAACCAGGCUUUUUCGCCAAGCUAGUUUGGAUUGCCAGAGAAGCUACUCAUACCCUUGAUUGCUACUCUAACUUCGACGCAGUCAAUCUCCCGGCUACUUUGUGUCAGUCAUCAUUGGUGUGAGAGCUCAGAGGACCAGAUCCUCCUCAUCUCAACAUUAACUCAGUUCCCGUUGCCUAUAUCCUGAUCUCGUCGCAGCGAUGGCCUCGGACGAGAACAAGGCGCCGCCAGCGGCUGCAGACAACGACUGGUCUCCUGUAGUCAUGGACUGGUGGGAGGCCCCUCAGGACGAAGACCAAGAAGAAAGCCGGGGCGGUGCUCAAGAUGAGCCCGGUCGCGGUGUCACGUACGUUGGGCCUCCGCUCCGAGAGCAAGCUGCCGAGGAGCCUUUGCUUGAGCGCUUGGCUACAGAGCUAUUUCCUAUAGCAACACUCCGUGAAGGAACAUCUCCCGAAGAGACAACUGAUAUCCUGGAUCCCUUUGCCGUCGUUGAUAUCCCGUCGCAGGCACUCAAUACCUUCAGUACCUUUGUACGAUCGCAACAGGGACCACGCGCCACUGAGAAUAACAUGCCGCACAGUCAGGCUCGCCGAUACUCCCAGUUCCUUCUCCACGACAUUCAGAAUGAACUCAACGAAGGCGAUACCUUGAUUUUCGUGGACUUCCCUGCUCCUGCGAACCCAGCAGACAGCGUGGAUUGCUUCAUCUACGCAUGGAACUCGGUCCGAUUUCGGAUGCCCUCUGAGAAGCUCCUGGCCACUGGGUCCUCCAAGUUCGCGGUGAUGCUGAAUCCUACCUACCAAUUCCGUGUUCAGCGUCGGCGCAAGAUUGCCAAGAAUCUUCCCCCAGGCAUCAAAUACGUCUUGGACCUUACACCUCCUUCCGAGGGCGACGAUCUCGUUUUUCAGAUGACCGAAGCUUCGCUGACACCGGGCAUCAUGAACUGGUGGAAAGCUUUCGAUAAGCACGAUGUUGACGACUACGUUGUGCGUGGUCAUGACGAUAUCUGCUCUUGUUGGAAAGAAGCAAAGGUCGGUAGCUUCAACACGAUCAUCGACAAGAUUUCAGCGAGCGAAGCGUCCCGAGAUGAGAACAAGGAACGGGACCCGGAGAUGGAGUACGCCAUCAGUUCGGCCAUCAGAGAGAGUCUGCGCGAUAUCAUCCCGGAAAACGGCAAGAAUAAGGAGAGGCUGUACAGUGAGGACAAGGGAUUGGCUGCCAGGGUUCUGGAGAAGAAGUCUAGAGGAGACUUUUCUGCUCCCGCAGUUCCCCCCUAUAGACGUAUCCCGGACUACUGCCCGAUCCGUCAUCGCGUCAACAUUCUGCGCCUCAUGUGCAUCAUUGCAAACAAGCGAGUUUUCAUCGAUUCGGCCGCUCGAGUUUGGACCCUGGUGGCAGUUGCCAAGAUCUUGGACUGUACCACCGUUGUGCGCGAUCUAGUUCUUCAAUGGAUCACGUCUCCCAACAAUACCUCCUUCAUCGAAGUGUUGCCCGAGGAGAGUCUUCAGCUCGGUGUCACCCUGAAGCUGGAGGCUGUCACCCGCUCAGCGUUCCGAAUCCUGGUGAAUGAGCUGGCUCUGGAAGAAGCCGCCGAUGUGAAGGGAACGCCCAAGGCCGCGACCUACACCGUCUUUGGACGCAAGCGCCACGAUCCCGGCGACGACUUGAACAACCUCAUCCAGCACGCGGCCAGAGCCAUGGUCGAGCGCGUCUCGUGGCCCGUCAACCAGCUUGUUAGCGAGACCAUCUUCGACGAUCUCCAGAUUCCAGAGUGGACGCGGUUGCAGAACCUCAUCAGCAUGCUUUCGAGCUGCCCAGAUGACCCCGUCAUGGUCAAAGCCAAGGUCUCCGCGAUGACGGUAUCAUUCACGCUGAAGACUCUCUGGGAGAACCACGUGGUCUACAAGUUGCUCAGGAAGCCUCUUGACGCCGACGAGCUCCAAAAGAUCGACGACCACCGAGCCAGCUAUGUCGACGUUCAGAACUUCAACCGCUUCGAAAUCAUCUACAACCAGUUCAAUAACGUGCAGAAGGCUCUGUGCACUUUCAUGUACGAGACGGUCGGAAACAAGUGGGCGUCUCUGUCCGAAAUAUACACCUCAAGCGCCUCGGGCCAAAUGAACGUGUACAAGUUGGUCACGACCUUGUGGGACCACUUGAGGGAGGUUCUCGUCGCGCACCCCGAAUUCGCCUGGGACGGCGCCUGGAUGGCGGUUCUGAACCUCCCCCGCCCCCUCUCCAUGAAGAACCCGUUCGACACUCGCGAAUUGGAUAUGAUGGGUGCCUACAGAUACGCAUUCGACACCCGCGAGUUCCAGAAACCCCUCCAGGACUUCCUCAAGCCGUUCUACCAGGAAUGCGUCCGUGCCGACUUCGAGAUUAGGAUGAACUUGACGCCGCACUUGCUGCUGAAGCUGCACCACAACGAGUUGAAGUUCUUGCCUCUCUGGGCCGGCGGUAACGACGACGGUACCGGAGGCGUGUUUGAGCACUCCCUGCCUCCCGCCGAUUACGGUCCAGCCGGUCCAGGACCGGCCUAUCACACCGGUAUCACGAUCCCUUCGGAUGCCUCGAGCACCUCGGGCUCGGUGAGCAGCGUCUUGAGACAGCUUCGUCUGGAGGGAGGCGGUAGCACCGUCGGACCUGGCAGCGUGGACGUGCAAGACGGCAUCUCGACCGUCUUCAACCCCAACAGGGUCAUCGCCGACGACGUUUCCAUCCGCACAGAGUCCUUCACGGACGGGGACUCGGAGUACGGCAACGCUAAAUUCGCCGUCCCCGCAGACGGACAGUCUGUGGCUGAGGCCAUGAGCAUAAUGGUCCUCGAUGAGAGUCACGACCAGUCGGACACAGGCACCAGCAUCAACUUCGAUACCGACGCUGACGAGGACGACGAGGUGAUGACGGAGAUUGGUCCCGAGGACAGCCGCUCUCGUGAACAGACUCCCGAGUACGUCGUUGAGGGAUCCGGUGCUCGCGCGGUAUUCUCCUCUCGCGAAAAUCAGCCGACCUCCGCUGCGUCGUCUUCCAAGAGCACCGCUUCGUCUUCCCUUCUUGACGACGACGACGAUUUAGUUAUGGUCUAGAUCAUCGUAUCAGAAACGCGGGGUUCAACCAAUACUCAUGAAUAACGAUGCGGACUUGGGAUUUGUUCAAGGCGUUUUGGCGGAGUACUAACAAUUUGCAUUACGAUUGCCAGGCUGGCAGAUCAUACUGGUGAUUACACAGGGAACAAAAAGGGGUCUGCGGUCGAUGACACUGGCUCUCACUUAUAGGUCAGCACAGAUGAGACCGGAUGUCUGGGCAAAUGCGUUAGAUGUUGGUAAUGCUGUAUUGAAUACAAGAAUUCAGUGAAGCCUUUUUGCCGUUCUCACCACAAUGUGAACUCCCAAGGCCGUCGUCGUGUCGUGCGUGGUGGUAUCCUCCCUAUUUUCUUCUUGGUCUAUGCAUCAAACUCUUCCAAAUUACAUACUCCCACCCGAUUGCCCCAAUCCCCAUCCCUAGUCCUACUUCUUGAGCCUCAGCCCCUGUUCAGCGUGUUUCCUGAACCCUUUGGAUUCGCCUCGACAAACUCGUCCCACGCUCUCGCCUUCAUAGUCUCCUCGUCCGCCUUGUCAAAGUCGUCUUCGUUAGGCUCCGGGCGGUGCCAGCUCGCGUCGCCGCCGCCCUCGAUGAUGCCGCCCCGACGCGCCUCCUCGUCGAGGUACUCGUCGAUGCUCAUCGUAGGCAGAUUGUGACCGGGGCGGAAGACAUCCUUGGUCAUCUGUUGCCUGUUCCCGACGAGCGUGAACGGCUGCAGCGGCUUGCCCUCCUUGGACAGUAUGGGGCCUCCUUGCCCAAACAUGCUCUGCAGCCGGCGCGGGGGCUCGAGACGCUCGGUGUAUCCCGCAGCGCCGCGGUCUUCGGUGCGGCGGCGCUCGUCCUCCUCGACGGACGUCGGCGAGGGCAUCAGCGGCACCGUGGCCUGGGCCAGGACCUCGAGCUCGCGGUUGAUACCCUCAAGCCCCUGGAACGCCAUGUGCGCCGAGUACGCGACGUGCGCGAGGUGCAGGUCGCGGGCGACCUCGUCGUCGCCGUCCUCGUUCUGGUAGCGCGGGUUCCUGCGCAGGGCCUCGAGGCGGUCCUUGAGGGCCUUUUCCGACUUGAAGUUUGCGAUUUUGGCGUCGCGGCGCUUGGCGGGGUCGUUGGUGCCGAGGGUGGAGAAGGCGAGGGGCUCGUCGGUGUAGCGCUCGUAGAGCAUCUUGUUCGUAUCGGUCAGGAGGUCGUAGGAGUCGAGGGCGCCGAGGAAGGUCUCGUAGGACUCGCGGGCGCGCUCGAGGGCGACGCGGCGCUCGAUGGGCCGGCGGGAGGGGAGCUUCUGGUGCAGCUCGGCGAGGUGGUAUGUGAUGAGGAGGUAAGGGAGCGAGGAGGUGGAGAGGUCCUCAAGGGACUCGUUGGAGGAGAAGAGGGCGGCGCGAGAAACUAGGUCGAGGCAUGUCUCGUACUCUGCGAUGGCGGUUUGGAGGUCGUCGAGGUAGGUCGGAGAAGAGGCCUCGUAGGAGUUUUCGAGGGUGAGGCGCUUUCUCUCGGCCGACGUGAAGACGGAUUUGAGUGUCUGGGGUUGAUCCUCGUCUGCCAUGAUCGCUGUUCGGACUGUGGUUGUUGGCUGUCGGGAGGUGUUCGUCGAGAGCGUCGUUUGUUGCUUGGUAAGGUAAGUAGUGGGGAUGGAUGGAGGGGUGGAGGGGUUGGGGGAGAAUGGGAAUUGGAAAUUGGAAACUGCGACGAGUUGCAGGGAAUACGAGAAGAAAAGGUCGAGGAGAGACUUGUGACCCAACACAAAGGGUGGUAAAAUCAAGCUGCAGCGACGAUCAAAGUAUCAUAAGCUGUGGCGUAUGAGGGGAUUCAUAGCUAGCUUGAAAUCUACUGCAACGGUUCGCCUCUUUGCGCUUAGAAGAGGCCAUCGAGAAUUGGCGCCAAACGUUAGGUUCCGUCGUUCCAAAUCCUUA